UCUUCUUAGGCUGGCCGGGUCCUGCGGUCCGGGCCGCCCGCCGCGAUGCCGAGCCCCCGGAGGAACGCCGAGGGACGCCCGCUGGCCGCCUGCGCCCCGAGCAGCAGCGGCAGCCCGGCCCAUGGCGGCGGCGGCGGCGGCGGCAGGUUCGAGUUCCAGUCCCUGCUCAGCAGCCGCGCGCCGGGCACCGACCCCACCUGCGCCCGGCUCCGCGCGUCCGAGAGCCCAGUGCACCGCCGCGGCUCGUUCCCCCUGGCCGGGGCGGGCUCCUCGCCGGCGCUCCCGUCCCCGCUGCCCGAGGAGGACCGCAUGGACCUGAACCCGUCCUUCCUGGGCAUCGCCCUGCGCUCCCUGCUGGCCAUCGACCUGUGGCUGUCUAAGAAGCUGGGGGUGUGUGCGGGGGAGAGCUCAUCCUGGGGCAGCGUGCGGCCCCUUAUGAAAUUGCUGGAGAUCUCGGGACACGGCAUCCCCUGGCUGCUGGGCACCCUCUACUGCCUGUCCAGGAGCGACAGCUGGGCCGGGCGAGAGGUGCUGAUGAACCUGCUCUUCUCCCUGCUGUUGGACCUGCUGCUGGUGGCCCUGAUCAAGGGGCUGGUCCGCAGGCGCCGCCCGGCACACAACCAGAUGGACAUGUUUUUCACCCUUUCGGUGGACAAGUACUCCUUCCCUUCGGGCCAUGCCACCAGGGCCGCCCUGGUCUCACGGUUCAUCCUGAACCACCUAGUGCUGGCCAUUCCACUGAGGGUGCUCGUGGUACUGUGGGCCUUCAUCUUGGGCCUCUCCAGGGUCAUGCUGGGGCGGCACAAUGUCACCGACGUGGCUUUUGGCUUUCUUCUGGGCUACAUGCAGUACAGCAUCGUGGACUAUUGCUGGCUUUCACCGCACAAUGCUCCAGUCCUCUUUGUACUGUGGAACCAACCAUGACACCAUCUCAUUUGUUAUGGCACCAGAUCUGAAAGUUUCUACACGUGACGAUGCUGACAUAAACCAGCAGCCAUCCUGCUUGCCCCCCUAAGGAUUUCAGGCUUCCUUUUGGGAUUUCAGGUGUCCUACAAUCUUGACGGGUUGCUAGGCUAGAGCACAGUGCUGACCAUUACUGAUGACAGCCAUAUUAUAGAAAGCAACCCCCCCCAUUAUAUACCUAUUCAACAACUUUUUAUAUCUCCAGGACAACUGCAAAGAAACCAAGUUGAGAGAACAAACCAAGAACUUACCUGAAGAAGAAACACUUAAAGGCGGGCAUAUGGACAGUGCCCAUAGAAAAGGAAAGAUGGGACUAUGGCCUCAUGCUUAAUUCUGUUGACAGCAAAUAGCAUGGCAUGACAGAGGACAGAAAAGCGAAGCUGCUGAGGAGAUCAAAGGAACUGAGAGUCUGGGGGUAGGCUCACUACAUACUUUGUCAGUGGACCAACAUGGAAGAAGAUGGGCCCUGCUGCCUACCAUCUCUACUGAAUAAAGAAUAAUGCUUCUUUAAUGAGGUAAUAAAAUGGAAAAAUAACUUGAUUCUUUGCAAUGCAACAGCAUAAGCUUUCAAAUAUAUACCACAAGGAUGACCCUGUAUAUUGUAUUUUUCAUAUGGAAUUCCAUUUCCCUGUAUACAGCACACUUUAGGUAACAGUAUUUAACUUGAAAUUCAUCAAGUGGAGCCUACUGCUAUACCAGGCACAAAGUAUAACUCCUAAAUUUCCAUUUAUAUUGACCCUCACAAUUAAAGCAGUUUAUCGAUGGUGCCUCCCCGAAUCACAAGACCAAAAACCUCCAAAUGCAGGGUGGACUCUGCUCAUUAUUCUUUGAUCAGGAAAGAUGGAAGAGGGUAUGUGCUUUAAAUGCUGCUCUGCCUGAAAAUAUGAACCUUUAAAUUACCUAUGGAACUGGUGUCUUUAGAUAAUCUUAACAACCAAUUAUUUUGACAUUUAUAAAUAGAAAGGAUUAUGGCAUUUGAUCUGUCAUAUAGAGAUGUACAUAAGAAUCCAGAGAAUGGCUGUGACAGGUAGGCUCUGAUUGGGUGGAAGUGUGAACUUUCUGAGCGUGAGAGGAACACUGAAAAAGGAAUAGCUACUUUUCAAAAUGAAGCAAAAUUAUUUGCAUUUCCACAACAUCCUGAACACAGACUACAUCUUCACUUCCUGAAUCAGCCAAACUAUGACACUCUAAGUGGUUUCCUUUAUUGUUUAGACUUAAAGAGAUCCUUUAUUUUAAUUGCAGCAAUAUUCAGGCCAGAUAUUUGGAAGCAGUUUUUCCUCUUGCAGCAUCUACAAGUCUGAAUACUGGGAGAUCAAAAUUAGGCUCACCUCCUUUCUGGUUAUUUUUCUGGAAUUCCCUAUCUUGGUUGCUGGGGCCUGAGUUUGCUGGCUUUUAAAGCACAGAUCAAUUCACCUGAUUUUUUUGAAGCAUCGUAAGUACUGUAGAGUAAAAAAAACUGAUUCCACUGUUAAUUAACUGUACACUGAAGAAUACCAUUUAAAAAUCAAAAUAAAAUUAACCAGUAAUGUUGAAUGAAGUGAGAUGAAAACUUGUUUAAUUUUUGCCUUAAUGAGUAGGAAGACAGAUUUAUCACUCAACGUCUCAAGAAUUCCUUCAUCUUACUGCACAAUUGUGAGAGGUCACAGUUGAUAUAGCACAAAUGAUAUAGUCUGGUACUAUUUGCUGUCAGCAAAAUCGGUCAAAUCCAGGAGAUUUCCAUCUUUGUUUCAGAGCUGCACUUAGGAUGAAAUCACAGCAUCUGUCACUUGUAUGGAGGCUAACCAGAUUUUCCACAGCCGUAAACUGUUGGUGUUCUGCUUAUAAACCUGGCCAGUAGAGAAGCUCCUUAUAGCUUUCAGGCAAAGCUGCCUGACAGUCUGUCACCAACUACACAUGGAAGGGUUGGAAAAUGGAAGCUGAAAUAAGGAAUAACUGACCCCAAACAGGAACAAUGGAGUCACUCUGCCACAGCACCUCACAUAAGCAGGAUUCAGUGGAUAAUUAUUAAACAGCUGUUGAUUGAUCCCUUUUGGAAUUAGCAAGCCAGAGCCAUCUGUAGGGGAAGUAUCUUAGAAAAUACUUGAUUGGUUUAUAGAGGUGGCAAAUUAUCAGGGAAGUGACCUGGCUUUCUGAAAUUAAAAUCUUCCCUGGUUAUUUAAAGGGGCUUUUUAAUCUUCACAAAUCUGUAUCCCGGAAAAGAAAAUAAAAU